AUGUGGCCAAGAAACGAAGACUUUGAUGCACUAUACAGUAAGAAAUCAGUAACUUUUAAUUUUGAGGUUGCAUCAGUUAUAAGCUGCCGAGCCUUCGCCAACGGUUCCGGAGACCACUUUUUGUGGGCCGCACUAACGAAGAUUACACGGGAUUGCCAAAUAGACUACUCCACAAUAGCGAACCAGACCGCCACAUAUGACGCAUUUGGAUUAUCAUGGCGCAACGGCAUGCAACCCGAGUUCGAACUGUCCUUGGCGCAAUUUAAUAAUAAAUCUGGUCUUCAUCUGGGCGGCAAAUCACGCACGAUCUCCGAAUACAUUCUCAGUUGGUUGGAAGUUUGGCCAACGGUCAACGACCCAGGACCCAACGACUAUUGGUUGAUAUCCGCGGAGGUCCUUGGCGCAAACAUCGGGCGAGAUGUGUUUGUGGACUUGACAGGUAUCCUUGUUGAUGAUGACGGCUAUCGAUUCGUGGACAUCCCCACGGCGUUCAGAGAUGCGGGAUCGUCAGCCUACGCCGGCUCCUAUUCCGCCCUGCCGUUGUGGCUCACGUCGUAUCAACUGCUAUACCGCCGUGACCUGUUUAUGUCGUACAACAUUUCCGUACCACGCACGUGGGACGAGGCACUCGCGGUGGCGGACAAGUACGGCAGAGGCGCCCUAGGUCCCGACCAGCCUGACCUAGGGUUUUGCUUCGAGUCUAAUCCGGGUGGGUUUGUGGGGAGGGAAAACCGGCGGGCGAUCGCCCGGGGGGAUCCCGGGGGUGUGAACAGGAUGGCAUCGAUGGGUUUGGACUUAACAGGAGCUUGGUGGGAUAUCUGUGUCGGCAUAGCGAAGACAUCCCUAGCAGUCUGCGGCUACGCCCAUGCCAUGUUUAUGUACAUCGUGGGUACGAUGGUUCAGCUAGAGGGACCCAGCCAUGGCACGUGGUUUGACCCAACCAACUUGGAUCCGCUGUACGGAAAUCCAACAGUCCUUAAAGAGGCGCUGCGGCUGUUUCUGGCGCUAAAGGCGCACAGCGUGCCUGACACUACUCCGUGUUCUGUGGUGUACGACAUGUUGGAAGCUGGCCGGUGUCUGAUGCUUUGGGGUUUCUCCUUCGCGUUUAAGCGCCAUGAGGGGUCGUCAGGGGGUCGCACUGACCCCUGGGCGGCGGCCUACACCUUCCUGCACGAAUUCACGGGACCCGAACAGCACCGGAGACUGAUGCUGCAGCCCAAAACGGAGCUAAUGCCUAUCCGUACGGACGAGUUGGACGAGGAGAUCUGGGUGGAUGCUGGGUACGAGCAGGAUGACGUCAGAGAGUUCCUCCGGGUUUACCGCCAUGACUUUCUCCACGACAAUGUCUACUACGAGCUGCGAAUACCUGGAGUGUAUGAGACAUAUACCCUCAUCCAAAAUAUGCUUUUCAAAGCACUGGCGGGAAACGCCACUUUCCAGCAGCUUCUCCAGGAUUUGCGGUCUGGUACGGAAGACAUGUAUCUUAACGCGGGCGGCAAGGAGAGGUUGCUGGCGCUGUACCAGCGAUCUGUGCACUACACACCACCACCACCGCCACCACCACCAACUGCCAACGUGUGUGGGGGAUGUGGUUCUGGGGACUCGACGUGCCUGUGGGAGAGCCUGGCGGCGGAGGUGAUGGACACAGCCGUCAAGCUGCAUCACCGGGCGAUUCGGGAGCUGCUGGUCAAAUUUGGAGGGUACGAAAGCGCCACCGAGGGCGACAGCUUUAUCCUCGCAUUCCACCGACCCAACCGAGCCCUAGGCUUUGCGCUGGCGGCACAAGAGGCACUGCUGACCGCCGACUGGCCGGCGGAGCUGCUCGCCAGCCCUUAUGCGGCGACGCUGGUCGUACGGCGCGACACAGCGGCCGCUGAAGCCGUCAUGGCAUGUUUGGCAACUCCGCCGCUGCUUCAUGAUGGGAUGAACUUAGAGCAAGCAGUGGUGACUGCGGCUGCUCCACCGCUGCCGUCGCUGGCGGCGUCGUUGCCGCCACCAUCCGGCGGCGGCGGCGGCGGCGGCGGCGGAAGGUAUCUGAGGCCGCCGCCGCGGACCAGCGACUGUGGUGGCGGCGGCGGCGGCGGUCGGUACCUCCGGCCAGCAUCUAUUGAUCUGUCCAGCGAGGCGAGGGCCUUGCGGCGGGUGACGGGAACCGGCAUAUUUGCAGCGACAGCGAUGGCACAGGUGGUGCCGUACAGCCGCCAGAGAACGACGUCGCUGAAUGGCGGGGCUUGCGGGGGCGGUGGAGGGGCGUCCGCUGGCGCCGCUAGCGUCGCCGCCAUCACCACCGCCGCCAGGGUUGGGGGGGGCGACGAUUUUCAAGUGCGGACGGCAGCAGCACUGCCGGCGCGAAGUUCAUUGGAAGCGCCCGCCGUCAGCGAUAACGGUCGCUCCAGGUGGGGCUUGGCGGUGGCGACGGCAGCCCCUACGACUGUCAGUAAGGUAAAGUUGUCCGGGUGGGGAUCUCAACGGCGGAUGUACGACAGUCAAGAUGGGGACGGCGACGGCAGUCCCCGUAUUACCGAUACGGCAAUGCCGUACUACGGAAGUACGGUGGCGGGCACCCCAGCGACGGCGACUGGGCCGGUCGGUGAACGAGAUCACACAUGCAGUUUGGAAAGACAUGGUGGCGGCGGCGGCGGCGGUGGCGGCGGUACGGAAGUUUUCUUUGGCGGUGCAGCCGUCACCACAGGUCCCACGGAUGCUGAACAUGGCGGCUGUUGUGACGUGGACGGCAUUAUCGGAAGCCGCGGCGGCGGCGGCGACGCCGCCGCUGCUGUCGCUCCCGCCGCCAUGCGGCUGGUGGAAGCACUGAACCGUAUGUUUCCAGAAGAUCAUUCGUACGACAGUACGGCGCCUUGUACGGGACAGCUCGUGAUUUUCAGGUGCUUCUUUCCGCUUAGCUGGGCCCUGGGCCUCCGUGUACGAAUGGGACUACAUUGCGGCAUCACAAGUGCCGCAGAAGUGCAGUACAAUCGCGCUAGCGGUCGCAUCGUCUACCCGGGCCCUACACUACAGCUGACUAAGGCCGUAGCCGAUGCCGGCCAUGGUGGGCAAAUUACGGUGACGGCGCGCGUGCAACACGCCGCCACCGGUAUCGUCAAUCAUCACCUUGGCGGCGCCGGCGCCAGCGGGAGCUAUGGUUACGCUGGCGGCGUCGGUGACGGCAUUUCCAUGACGUACAUUGUCCUGGCGGCCGGCAGCCAUGUGCUGAAGGCGGGCGGGCCGGCAGUGGAGAUGUACGGCGUGUACGGCAAGGGGUUGGUGGCGAGGGCAGGCCAUGUUGGGCCGCUGCGUACGGAGGCUGAAAAGGUACCCGGGGUGCUGUUCGCACCUCUGGGGCGUGUGGCGGUAGCCCUGGCUCAGGUCCAGGACCCGGACGAGUUCGCCGGGUGGGGUCUGGAGGCUUCCCUGGAGUCUCACCGGGAGAUGCUGAAGGAGGCGGGAGUGCUGGCGUGUCGGCACGGGGGCUACCUGGUCCCAACACCGCCGGGGUCUUUCCAGGCAGUGUUUUGUCAACCUGAAUCUGCCGUACGGUGGAUCUUGGAGCUGCAGGACGAUCUUGGACCUGAGGAACGGUCGGCGGCGGCUGGCGGCGUCGGCGGCGACAUGGCGGGGCCUGCUGAAGACGCAACUGGGACGUCGGGCAGCUUGUUUGGCACCGCGGAGGGUGGCAGGAUGGGGGCGGCGGUGGCGGCUGCUGCCGCGGCAGCGGGAACGAUGGUGGCGGCGGCUGCGGCGACUGUGCUGCACUCACCUUCCAGCGCCAGCGGCAGCGCCGACACGGGGAAUGCGGUCCACCACCUGCAGAGGGCAACAGCCGCCGCGCGUUUGUCCGUACUUCAUGUCAAGGGUGGUGUAGAAAUUGGUGACGCCAUGGCGACGAUGCGUGCCGGCGGCAGUUUGUCGUACUGUGGCGGAGCCGCCAAGAGGGCGGCAUGCCUGGCAGCCAACGCCUCCUGGCACGAGGUGCUGGUCAGCGUGGAGGUUGUACGAGCAUUGGAAGGAAAGGAGCAUCUGGCUCUCAUGGCUUUGUGGCAACUGAAGCAGCAGCAGCAGCAGCAGCAACAGGCGCGACUCAAGGCCAAGACCCAGAGCCACAGCCGCCGCUAUCAGCUGGCGCUACAGCCGCUGCUGCAGGUCCCAUCACCUUCUGGCCGGCUGCAGCAGUGCCCUGCUCGCAGCAGUCGGCAGGCACAGAUGCAGCACCUGCAGCCGCUGCUAUGGGGCAAUGAGCUGCGCACGGUGAAAUACAAGGGUGGUACCUUACUGGCUUGUACGGACGCCUUCAUUAUUUCCGUGCGUGUGUGCAUUACCAUUCUUAUCUAG